GAUUGGCACCUCAGUUAACGGCUGAUCACUGCCAGCCCACCUCUUCCCACCCAUCCAUUGCAUCUCUGAGCUCCAGGGAGGAAGCGGGUCUUGGGGUCCACCAUGAUAUCACCGUUCUUAGUACUGGCCAUCGGCACCUGCCUUACCAACUCCUAUGUGCCAGAGAAAGAGAAAGACCCCAAUUACUGGCGAGAGCAGGCUCAGCAGACCCUGAGAAAUGCCCUGGGGCUUCAGAAGCUCAACACCAAUGUGGCUAAGAACGUCAUCAUGUUCUUGGGAGACGGGAUGGGUGUCUCCACGGUGACAGCAGCCCGCAUCCUCAAGGGUCAGCUACACCACAACCCUGGGGAGGAGACCCGGCUGGAGAUGGACAAGUUCCCCUUCGUGGCCCUCUCCAAGACCUACAACACCAACGCACAGGUCCCUGACAGCGCCGGCACUGCCACGGCCUACUUGUGCGGGGUGAAGGCCAACGAGGGCACCGUGGGGGUGAGCGCAGCCACCGAGCGCACCAGGUGUAACACCACCAAGGGGAACGAGGUCACCUCCAUCCUGCGCUGGGCCAAAGACGCAGGGAAGUCCGUUGGCAUCGUUACCACCACCCGUGUGAACCACGCCACCCCCAGUGCUGCCUAUGCACACUCUGCCGACCGGGACUGGUAUUCAGACAACGAGAUGCCCACUGAGGCCCUGAACCAAGGCUGCAAGGACAUCGCCUAUCAGCUCAUGCAUAACAUCAGGAACAUAGACGUGAUCAUGGGGGGUGGCCGGAAGUACAUGUACCCGAAAAACAAAACCGACGUGGAAUACGAACUGGACGAGAAGGCCAGGGGCACAAGGCUGGAUGGCUUGGACCUCAUCGACAUCUGGAAGAGUUUCAAACCCAGACACAAGCACUCCCACUUUGUCUGGAACCGCACGGAACUCCUGGCCCUUGACCCCUCCACCGUGGACUACCUCUUGGGUCUGUUUGAGCCUGGGGACAUGCAGUACGAGCUGAACAGGAACAACAUGACAGACCCUUCGCUCUCCGAGAUGGUAGAGGUGGCCAUCAGGAUCCUGAGAAGGAACCCCAAAGGCUUCUUCCUGCUGGUGGAAGGAGGCAGGAUUGACCACGGACACCACGAGGGAAAGGCCAAGCAGGCUCUGCACGAGGCGGUGGAGAUGGACAGAGCCAUCGGGCGCGCGGGCGCCAUGACCUCGCUGGGAGACACGCUGACCGUGGUCACCGCAGACCAUUCCCACGUCUUCACCUUUGGGGGUUACACCCCUCGUGGCAACUCUAUCUUUGGUCUGGCCCCUAUGGUGAGCGACACAGACAAGAAACCCUUCACAGCUAUCCUGUAUGGCAAUGGGCCUGGCUACAAGGUGGUGGGCGGCGAGCGAGAGAAUGUCUCCAUGGUGGACUAUGCUCACAACAACUACCAGGCCCAGUCGGCUGUGCCCCUGCGCCACGAGACCCACGGUGGAGAGGAUGUGGCUGUCUUCGCCAAGGGCCCCAUGGCACACCUGCUGCAUGGGGUCCAUGAGCAGAACUACAUCCCCCACGUGAUGGCCUAUGCCGCCUGCAUCGGGGCCAACCUCGACCACUGUGCCUGGACCAACGCAGCAGACAACCCCAGCCCGGGGCCCCUAUUGCUUCUGCUGGCUCUGCUUCCCCUAAGCACCCUGUUCUGAGGUCCCUGGCCUGGCUCCCAUGAACCCAAGAUAGAUGGCCAGUCUCUCUCCUGACAUGGCCCCUUGCCUGGCAGCCAGGAACCAAGUCUGCUGCCCACCUUGCGCCCCUCCGGAACCCGCGGGCUGCUGAUCCCAGGCCUCAGCCUUUGCUCGGUGCAGUUCGGCCAGCGGAGUAUGUUUCUUCUCUUGGGCAGGCGGAGAACACAGACUGCAGAAAUUCUCAAAUCAUCUUAUUUUUCUACCAAAUGUACUUUCCCAGACUCAACAGCCUCUAUGGAACAUUCCAGAUCUUCCCUCUCCCUCUCUCUUCUCCUCCUCUCUGGAACCCACUGGGCCCCAGGCUCAUGGCCAACCCUUUGGAGGGGAGACCAGGUCUCUGUCAGGAUGAGGCUCCCAGGAAGCCACCUCCUGAGGUUGGUCAUUCACUCAGGGUGGCCGGACCUGGAAGAGUUGCCCGGCAGGGUGCACACUCCCCACCCAGCUCCAGACACGCCAGCUCCUCGCUGAAGCGACUCUCCUGUUUGGAACGGCAGUCUCCCCCCCCCCCCCUUUGGUGGUGGUUAAAAGGGAACACAAAACAUUUAAAUAAAACUUUCCAAAUAUUCCUGAGGACA